GCCCAACUACGGAAACACAGAGAGUUAGAUUGUUGUCUUUAUCUCACUUUUUUCUUCUUUCUGCUACACACGAUUUUCCCGCCUAAAGUUCUUUGUUUGUUUAAUCUUAUCGGUGAUAUACGCUCAGUAUAUAGCGUUUGUUUUAUUUGUGAAAUCGUUUGAAGCCCAAAACCUGUUCUAACUGGUAAGUUUUCACUUUCUCUUUCUUUUUUGUACUUUUAGACCCUGUUGUCCCUUUAAAGCUGCCAGUUUUGUUUCCCCCCUAUAUAUAAUUUUUAUGCUUAGUUGUAAUAUCUGCAAAAAGCUAGUUGAUGAAUCAUGUAAAAAAUCAAUUUUUUGUGAUAUCUGUAAUUCUUGGAUACAUUUUCAAAACUGCUCUAGACUUUCAGUAUCAGAAUUUGAUGCCUUAUCUCACAAUUCUAGUAACUGGGCUUGUCCAAAAUGUUUAGACAGGACAUUACCAUUUUUUGAUUCAGAACAUCUGUCAAAUUGUAAACCAAAAACAACCCCAAAUUCUACAUCCCGUAUUAAUGAAAAUGUGAGAUCCCUUCUUUCUGAUCUUAAUAGUAUUGUUCAUAGCAUGGACAACGAUGCUGACAGUAUCAAUUUUCAUACAACUAGUUGUAAAUACUAUGAAUGUGAGGACUUUAACAAUCUUAAUCUAAAUCCAAGGUCGUCUCAGCUUUUCAUCUUAACAUUACCUCAAUGGCUAAAUACUUUGAUGAAUUUAACACCCUUUUGGCCCUUUUGAGACAUGAGUUCUCUUUUAUUGGUAUUACUGAAACCCGCUUUAUCAAAGGCUCACCACCAACUUUCAAUUACCAUAUAGAAGGUUACCAGUGCUUAUCCACCCCCACUGAAUCCUCAGCAGGAGGGAGCUUGUUGUAUAUUUCUGACCAGUAUAAUUUCAUUCCUCGUACAGACUUGGAUGACAUUAUGUACCAAUCUAAAUACUUGGAAUCAAGUUUUGCAGAGAUAAUCUUGCCUAACACAACCAACUUAAUUGUCGGUAGCAUUUAUCGACAUCCUUGUAUGUCAACAAAUUCCUUUAAUCGUGAUUUCUUAAAACUCUUGCUCAAUAAAGUCAGCAUUGAAAAGAAACAAAUCCUUCUACUGGGGGAUUUCAAUAAAAAUUUGUUAAAACUCAAUGAAGAUGCAGAACUCUCUGCCUUCAUUGAUAUACUCGGCUGCCACCUUAUACUUCCCCAGAUCUUAUUACCAACAAGAAUAGCAGCGACUUCCAAAACAUUAAUUGAUAAUAUUUUUUUCUCUGUCACUGGUCAACCAUCAAUCUCUGGUAACCUUAUUCACAUGAUCUCUGAUCACCUGCCUCAAUUCUUUAUAUUACCUGAACAAUUGACUAACAACUCAGAAAAAAAUAUUCAAUACCAAAACUGGUCCAAAUUUGACGAACAUAAUUUCAUUUUAGAUUACCUGGAUAUUGACUGGGGUGUUGAGUUUAAUAGUCCUAGACCAAUUGACCCAAACAGCUGUUUUGACAUUUUUAAUUCUAAAAUUCAAAAGCUUGUUGACAGACACGUUCACCAAAAGGCAAAUCAAAACCCAACAAAAACCAUGGAUUACUUCUGCCAUCAUAAAAUCCAUGUCUAA